AUGACGCAAACAUGGCCUCCCCCCCACUUAACCCUUGACACACACGUAAUGACGCGCAUCGCGUAAUGAACAAGUGUUCAAAAAGUGAACGGAUGUUUGCCCCCCCUUUUAACCAAAAGGUAACGUGAACACUCACAAACACAAGAGAGUCAUAGCCAUUUCAAAGAAAAACAAAACUGAAUAAAAACCUACCGACACCCCCAACCUUUCUUUUUCUUAUUCAUGUCUGACGUCUCGACCGAUUCGCACUUUCUUUCUGCAAACGCAACAGAUACUGAUUCCACUGCAACCAGUGCGCUUCCACCAACAAUUCAGGAUAUUUUUCCAGGAGCCAAUCCUAAUUCUGCUACAAAGGAGGACUUGAGAACAAUGGAUUCUAAUGUUGAUACAACCGUUUCAACGCCUAUGGCUGUCCACCAUGAUGUAGGAGGUGGAAAAGCAAGAGUUACUGAAGGUGGUGUCACGACGGAUAAGUCUGUCUAUGUGAAGUCCUACAUUCGCUCACUGCUUCUCUGGGAGCGCCCUCUCUACUCCCUGGCUGCUGUUUCAACGUUACUUUCCCUCAACUACGCCUUGACUCACUACUCUCCGAUUCGCAUUCUAUCCUUCCUGCUGGCUUCAGCGACUUUUGCCAACAUGGUUUUUGUCAACUUGUGGGUGUAUAGUGGGAGUUUGUUUGUGAAUGUGCAGCAACAUGGUGGUGUCAAAAAGCCUCCUACCAUGUGGUUUUUGGACCAUGCAAAUCGCCAGCCAGUCAAUCGUAAUCUUGUUCGAGACUGGGUUGAUUUCGUUGUGGACACGAUCAACUUGGCCUUCUCCUACGUGGCUAGCAUUAUUGCUGUAGAUGAUAAUGUCCGAUCUGCAAAGGCUCUUCUCUUCACUGGAUUCGUCUACCUGCUCUCUGGAUAUAUUUCUUCCAGCACACUUUUUUAUACUGCGGUGAUCCUCACUUUCGCGACCCCACGCCUAUACCUCGCGAAUAGGGCACAGAUUGACACCUACCUUCACACGGCAUCAGAUGCCUUUGCGAAGCAUACUCACAAGAUAACAGACAGCCUGUCAAUCUAUUUGAACACGGCGGCAGCGAGAGCGAGGAUGAAGGUUGAAGAAGCAAAGGGCAAGGUCAAGAAGCACGAGUGAAGACGGAAUACUACAUUGGGUGGUCCAUUGAUGAAUAGUGGCGUUUAUGGGUCAAGGUCUCAGGAGUUUAAGUUCUUGUGAUAUUGUAGUUUCGACAUGGUGCAUGUAUCUUGGUUUUCUGUUGUUUUGUAAAAAGACAUCUAUUUGGAUUGCUUCAGUGGGCAAGAUAUUGCUGA